AUGCCUGCCAGCUGGGUCAGGGUAGCUAUCAUCUUGCCCCCGGCCUGGGAGAACAAUGGACGGCCGGCUGGGGGUGGGGCGAAGGCCAAGGGAAAGAGGCCGCCCCCUUUGGCCAAACCUCACUUUGUUUCUUCCUCUUCCAGGUUUGGUUUGGAAUAUUGGUCUCCAGUUUCUCUCUUUCUGCAGGUGAAAGAAGUGGGGGUUUUGAUCAGCAACUGCAGCUGCUUAGCUAAGGAUCUCUGGAAAACUUUCAAAACCUACUGGGAUCUUGGGGAAGCAAACACCACCAUCCCAUCUCCAUGGCCAAACAAUUAUUCUACCAAUAUCAACAGCCACAGUCCUUUGGAAGUGCAGUUAAAUGGAACCAGCACUGAAGCUUAUUUUUCUGCUUCUCCUGCUUCCUUUUGUCCAGGGGGUCGCACCUUUGAUCUUGUGGCAGUUCUCGAUGUUCUCUACGAUGCAGAAAAAUUUGUCUAUGUCUCCAUGAUGGAUUACUUUCCUACAAGCCGCUUCAAACACCCGCCAAAAUACUGGCCACCCAUCGACAAUGCUCUGAGAAGUGUGGCGUUACACCAAAAUAUACACAUACGGCUUUUAAUCAACUGCUGGGUCCAUACUGAUUCUUCCAUGUUUCGUUUCUUGGAGUCACUGAGUGUCCUUAGCGAUCAACAUGCCAACAUCACAAUCGAAGUGAAAAUCUUCACUGUUCCAGUUGGAAAUCACACAAACAUCCCCUUUGCAAGGCUGAAUCACAGCAAAUAUAUGGUGACUGACAAGGCAGUCUAUAUUGGAACUUCUAACUGGUCAGAAGAAUACUUCAGCAUCACUGCAGGUGUGGGACUGGUUGCCAAGCAGUCUUCAACAGACGCCACAAAGAGAAACCCUACAAUACAGGAGCAACUGAGGGCUCUCUUUGAACGAGACUGGAAUUCCAAAUAUUCAGUAAAAAUGGAAGACCUGCCUGGGCAGAAAGACUGUGCUUGGGAAGAUGGAUUUAAAAGUUCUUUCAAAAGCUAAAUUAUUCUUAUUUUUUAUUGCUAAUUCAGUUAUGAGCUUUCUGCAUGUGAAAUUUAGGAUCGUUGUGGAUUUGCCAGAUGACAAAUGUUUUAGUUCAGGAUGUCUCAAACCUUGAUCACGGAGUAGUCCCGUUCACAAAUUUCAUUUUUAUGGAAUCGUAUAGCUGCAAGGGAACUUGGAUGUCAUUUUAUUCAAUACACUGCUCAGUGCAGGAUCUACAAUGCAGGAUGCAGUGUCCCUGGAAGGUGACCACUUAAAUGCACUCAGUGAAUGAUAGCCUAUUGCCUCGCAAGAAAGUCUGUUCCUAACAGUAAGAGCUAUUUGACAUGGAAGUUUUGCCUAAUGUUUAGCUGAAACAUGCUUCCCUGCAGUUUCUGUUCACUGGUUAUACAGUGGUACCUCUGGUUACGAACUUAAUUUGUUCUGGAGGUCCGUUCUUAAGCUGAAACCGUUCUUAUCCUGAGGCACGCUUUCACUAAUGGGGCCUCCUGCUGCACGUGCGCCUCUGAGGCGCGAUUGCCAUUCAUAUCCUGGGGCAAAGUUCACAUCUUCCGGAUUUUGUAAGCUGAAGCGUUCAUAACCAGAGGUACCACUGUAGUCAUGUUGUAUAAAGCAACAGAGAACCUGUCUGCUUAUCUUCUGCACAGCAGUCCUUCAGAUAUUUGAAGACCACUAUAAUGACUCCUCUUAAAUCUUAUCCUCUCCAUGCUAUGCGUAUCUGCAGCUUUGAUCCAAUAUUGUGUAUUGUUUAAUGGCUAGGUUAGAAGAUGUAUUAUAAGAGGGUACAUGAGAAUUGGCCAUCACUUGUCGACACUUGAUCCUUAUCCUUAUUAAUACCUUGACAAUAAAUGCUAUUCUAUGGUGUGGUGUGCCUUUUAGUCUGCACCCUUAAAAUAGUGAUUUCAAGCCAGCACACUCAAAAAAAUAAACCCCAAGAAGGGAAAGUUAAUUCUUUAGUUGUACUGCGCUGAAAUUGUGCAAAUACUCUUUGAUUGUACAAUUUCAAAUUGCAGCCCAGAGAUCAAAAUAGAGUUAUGCAACCGGGCAAUUGUUGCAGUUGCAAAAUUCCACAAGGUGGCAAUGUUUGAGAAAAUUAUGGCCUGCUUUACUCUGCUCCCCCCCCCCCGCCCAUUAAAAGCUGUGCUUCAUAAACCACUAACAUUCUGUUUCUCAGUUCAGAACUGACUUCAUCAGCACUGCUCCGGAAAGGUUUGAAGACUGUACCCUCAAUUCUGCCUGAAAAAGGCAGCUGCAGAAUAGCAAUUUUAAAAAGCUUUGUCUGCUGUUGCCAGCGAGAGUUGCUUAUUAAAUUAGAUUUCUAUGGCCUUCUGUAUUACUCUUCCUUGAAUUUCAAGGUGGCUAGUAACAUUAAUUGUUAUAUCUGCCUUGUACUGGAAGUCAUUUCUAUUUUGCAUUUAAAAAUAGGGAACUGAGGCUACCAAGUGAAUUGACCCAGGCCUGCCUAGUAAAUCUGUGUCCAAGCUGGUUAUGGGCUUGAAUAUGGAAAUUGUAUUAUGUUUUCUGUAUACAUUACUGUGGGAUAUAAUUAUGUAAAUAUAGAUAAACAUUUUGGUGUGGGUGAUGUGCGUAUUUAUAUUGUCACCAACUACUUAUAAGGCCGCUUUACACCUAUUUUCUCCACAUGGAAAAAUAGGACAUAUAUACCUGUGUUCAGCUUUCUGUGUUGAAAUCAUAUGACUAUAUAUUUUGCUUUGAUAAUUUGUGUUUGGGAGGCACAGUGCAGAAUGAGCCUCAACUAAACAGACGUGUUUUAGAUCACAUGAUCCAUCUCCCUAUUGCUCCAGAUCUAUAAACUAUGGCCAGAGUGAAUCCA